UUUCCACUGCUCACCUGUUAAAAGGAAGAUGUAUGAAAUGUAACAGCUAAUGAAAACAACAAGAGUCCCAGAGUAAAGGUUUCAGACAGACAGCAUCGUUACCUGCUCAUGCCCUCUGUCCCACUGUGAGAGUAGGGUUCAAGUUGCCCCUAAGAGCCUUGACGCUGAUCUUGGAUCAGUUUUUGUUUUUGGUUACGGUUAGGAUUGGGGGCAGGGGGAAGCUGAUCCUAGAUCUGUACCGAGCGGAAACGCUCACCACGGAGCCCCACCGUGCCUGUGAUGAAACCACUGCUGUUAAAGAGACCUGGGGAGUAUCCUGCCUCUAGCACGACUGCAGAGCAAGGCAGGAGUUCAGUGAACAGGAACCGGCCACAACCAGAGAGACGUUGUCUAACUCCUAGUACCUUGACCCACUCUGGGAGUGUUAAAGAGCUGAUCUCACGCUCAGAGAACAGAGAAUGGCUCAUCAGUUCCGUCAGGAGCGGAUGCCUGCCUGAAGACACUAACCGGCCAAUCAAGAUGUCUACAGCCAGGACUGGCCAAUCAGACCUCCCUGUCCAACACAAAACACUCCCAGUAGUACCACAGUACAGAUGUCCACAGCCAGGACUGGCCAAUCGGAGACUGAGAAGACAGUGGUCAAGUCCACCUCCCAGUCCCAGUCCAACCCAGUCCAACCCAGUCCAACCCAGCUUGAGGGGGCUGAAGACAUUCUCCUCUCACCCCAGCAUUACUUCAGACAGUCAUUCCCAGAAGAGCCAGGGACAGAGACAGAGCCAGGGGACAGAGACAGGGGACAGAGCCAGGGGACAGAGACAGGGGACAGAGCCAGGGGACAGAGACAGGGGACAGAGCCAGGGGACAGAGCCAGGGGACAGAGACAGGGGACAGAGCCAUGGGACAGAGACAGAGCCAGGGGACAGAGCCAGGGGACAGAGCCAGGGGACAGAGACAGAGCCAGGGGACAGAGACAGAGACAGGGGACAGAGACAGAGCCCGGGGACAGAGCCAGGGGACAGAGCCAGGGACAGAGCCAGGGGACAGAGACAGGGCCAGGGACAGAGCCAGGGGACAGAGACAGAGACAGGGGACAGAGUCAGGGACAGAGCUAGGGGACAGAGACAGGGGACAGAGACAGGGGACAGAGUCAGGGGACAGAGACAGAGCCAGAGAAAGAGCCAGGGGACAGAGACGGGGGACAGAGACAGGGGACAGAGUCAGGGGACAGAGACAGGGGACAGAGUCAGGGGACAGAGCCAGGGGACAGAGACAGAGCCAGGGGACAGAGUCAGGGGACAGAGACAGGGGACAGAGUCAGGGGACAGAGCCAGGGGACAGAGCCAGGGACAGAGACAGAGCCAGGGGACAGAGCCAGGGACAGAGACAGAGCCAGGGACAGAGACAGAGCUAGGGACAGAGCCAGGGACAGAGACAGAGCCAGGGGACAGAGCCAGGGGACAGAGACAGGGACAGAGACAGGGACAGAGACAGGGGACAGAGCCAGGGGACAGAGCCAGGGGACAGAGCCAGGGACAGAGACAGAGCCAGGGGACAGAGCCGGGGACAGAGACAGGGACAGAGACAGAGCCAGGGGACAGAGCCAGGGGACAGAGACAGGGGACAGAGCCAGGGACAGAGCCAGGGACAGAGACAGAGCCAGGGGACAGAGCCAGGGACAGAGACAGAGCCAGGGGACAGAGACGGGGACAGAGCCAGGGGACAGAGACAGAGCCAGGGGACAGAGCCGGGGACAGAGCCAGGGACAGAGACAGAGCCAGGGGACAGAGCCGGGGACAGAGACAGAGCCAGGGACAGAGCCAGGGACAGAGACAGAGCCAGGGGACAGAGCCGGGGGACAGAGACAGAGCCAGGGGACAGAGCCGGGGACAGAGACAGAGCCAGGGGACAGAGCCGGGGACAGAGACAGAGCCAGGGGACAGAGCCGGGGACAGAGACAGAGCCAGGGGACAGAGCCGGGGACAGAGACAGAGCCAGGGGACAGAGCCGGGGACAGAGACAGAGCCAGGGGACAGAGCCGGGGACAGAGACAGAGCCAGGGGACAGAGACGGGGACAGAGCCAGGGACAGAGACAGGGACAGAGACAGUGUCGACGAAAGCAGUCAAUAAAUGAUUGCAUGUGCAUCUAACCCCAAUGUACCGACUCAAACUAAUGGCUUGAUCCUAACCACAGCUUAUUCAGUGGCUUCUGCCUUUCUGUGUGAGAAGCUGUCGGCUGUUAAUGAUGUUGUUACCAGUCUGCUGUAUGAGGAUGCCACACUGACCUUCACAUCACAGCCUUGCAUGUCUGUUCAGCGUAAUUCACUGGUUGAUUUGCACAUGAUACGAUCUCAGAUCUCUUAACAUACGGCACCUUCAAACGCUCCCUGUGCAGUGCUCCUCUCUCUGUCUUUCUCUCUCUUUCUUCCCUCUCUCUCUGUCUUUCUCUCUCUUUCUUCCCUCUCUCUGUCUCUCUCUCUCUCUCUCUUUCCUCUCUCUCUCUUUCUUCCCUCUCUCUCUGUCUUUCUCUCUCUUUCUUCCCUCUCUCUCUUCCGCUCUCUAACCCCCUCUCUCUCUUUCCUCUCUCUCUCUUUCUUCCCUCUCUCUCUGUCUUUCUCUCUCUUUCUUCCCUCUCUCUCUGUCUUUCUCUCUCUUUCUUCCCUCUCUCUCUUCCCCUCUCCACCCCCCCUCUCUCUUUCCUCUCUCUCUUUCCUCUCUCUCUCUCUCUCUCUGUCUUUCUCUCUCUUUCUUCCCUCUCUCUCUUUCUUUCUCUCUCUUUCUUCCCUCUCUCUCUUCCACUCUCUACCCCCCCCUCUCUCUUUCCUCUCUCUCUUUCCUCUCUCUCUCUCUCUCUCUCUCUCUCUCUCUCUCUCUCUCUCUCUCUCUCUCUCUCUCUCUCUCUCUCUCUCUCACCCCCCCCUCUCUCUCCAUCCCU